AAAACCCUUGGUCGCGUUGGUGUAGUUGCUGAUGUUGCUAAAACUGUUGGUGGUUGUAGAAGUGAAAUGUUUGAUUACUGGAAGGUUGCUAAUAAAGAUGAUAUCGAUGUAGUGAAUGUUAACAAAGGUAAAAAAAAUAAUGUGAUGGUUAGUCUAGUGAAAAACAAUAAAAUGUAUGAAAUAAACGAUGGAAAACCUGAAUACUUAUCUGAUCUGAGUAAUGAAAGGAUUCAAGAAAGUAGAUUUGUUGAUGACUUUGAUAACAAAGUCAGUGAAGAUGAAAUGAUGGUUGUGAUAGAAGCACUAUUAGGUGUGGUUAUGAAAAUAAAUAUAAUGAUGAGAGGUUUAGUGUGCUCGUUAAUGAAUACUGACUAUGACAGUAACAAAAUAAAUAAGGAAAAGAAGAACAGUAAUAAAAGAAAAGUUGAUAAGAUUGAUGGAAGAGAAUGA